AAAAAACAAAACAUAAAAUGAAAUAUUUUAAUAAUAUAGCAAAACACUUCAAUCUUGAGGGGCGAGUCAUCCGUUAAAAGAUCCCGAAAAGCGCGGACUGGCGGAUUCGAACUACAAACUUGAGUGACGAGUUGAGCUAGAUUAUUAAUUUAUUAUCAUUACUUUUAAAGACUUACGAAGAAGAGUCAUAAAAUGAAAUAUUUUAAUAAUAUAGCAAAACACUUCAAUCUUGAGGGGCGAGUCAUCCGUUAAAAGAUCCCGAAAAGCGUGGACUGGCGGAUUCGAACUACGAACUUGAGUGACGAGUUGAGCUAGAUUAUUAAUUUAUUAUCAUUACCUUUAAAGACUUCAAAAAAAAGUCAUAAAGAUGAAAAAUUAAUAAUAUAACAUCAAACUUCAAUCUCAAGGGGCGAGUCAUCCGUUAAAAGAUCCCGAAAAGCGCGGACUGGCGGAUUCGAACUACGAACUUGAGUGGCAAGUUGAGUUAAUUUAUUAAUUUAUUAUCAUUAUUUUUGAAUAGUGUGUAUUUUUUUUACAUUGAAAAACGGACUUAUUCCGAGCACCCGCGUACACCGGCAGACUAUUGAAGUCUCGCGCCACGGGUCACGACAAACGGGUGUGGCGAUAAAUAAGCUCCAAAUCCAAAUGUUAUCUAAUACACACUCUGGUUUCUAUGCCCAGCAUAGAAACAAAAUUUGAGCUCCAGGUUGAAAAUUUGAGGCCAUUUAAUGUAGGCCCAAAUCCAAUAGCGAAUUAUAAGCUCAAGAAAUCAUAACAAUUUUAUUUGAAUGCAUAGGUGCAGUCAAGUGAUGACUUGGAUUUCAUAUCGGCCUCUCGGCCAUACUUCUGGUCAUCUUUAUGUGAUGAACUAGACAUCAUAUUAUGGACGGUCGCUCGACCCAUCCCUUAGUCAUCUUUAUUUGAUGACUAGGACUACUGAUCAUGACGAGCUACCCACAUCUAUGGAUCGGCCUCUGCCAUCCCCUCGGCAGACGGACACCGCUGCAGCUCCACCUCUAGGCCGAAGGGCUCGCACCUUUUGUUUCGUUCUGGGGGCAUCCGAUGUACUCUUUUUCCCUCAUUAGGAUUUUUUCCCACAGGGUUUUUCCUAAUGAGGUUUUUAACGAGGCAUCUCCCCAUUGUGGAUCAAAAGGUGUCAACCCUCAGCCCCCUGUUGCAGACAUCAUCAGACAUGCAUUACUCUACUCCUCUUCACCUCAUUACACUCGCCUCAAGGAGUGGGGGACUGGGAGAGCGGGGGACUUAGCGCCUCCGUUACCAAAGAAGCAAAAAUUCAAAAUUUUUGCAAGGAUUGCCACUCGCACCGACGACAUCAUCAUAUCACAUACAUAUUCAGCUGCCACAUCGGCCAGUACAUAUCCAUAGCUCCCCGGCCUCAGGACCGGUGGUGAUGGUCUCUGGCCUGCGACCUUCGGCUGAGGAUUUUCCCACAGGGUUGCCUCAGCCAGGGCUCACCAGUGGGAUCGGAUCAUCGGCUUGGGAAUCCGGGCGAGGCGCUUCGACGACGACAGUAGUUUACUCACCGGACGACGACAGAUCAGCACACAGUUCUACUCUCUUUCGCCUCGAGUACUCUCGACCCAGAGAGUGGGGGACUCCUGAUAGAGUAUAUAGACUCGGACCCUGGGUAUCACGACUAUUGGGCCCAGACAGCGGUCCGGACAGCGGCCCACAUAUGUUCAGUAGAUAGCAUUUAUUUCCUUGUACACUACAUUUAUUCAUAUGUACACAUUUAAAUAGAUUAGAUACUAUUUAUUAGCCAUUU